UGUGAAGAGAUUGACUGUAGAUCUGAAAAAAUAAAUAGAAAAGGUAUAAUUGUGUGGGAAUGCUUGGAAUUUAGGUGGGGGUCGGUGUUAGCAGCCUUGGCCUCAGCCAGCCUCAUACUCAUACUCGCGUGAAGCCAAUAAAUUAAAAACCCUUUCUUUAAUUAGGCAUGGCUUCCGAUUAGAUACAUCAUCAACCACCACCAUACCACCCCCAAAAAGUAGAGCAACCCCCUCUUCUUUUUUAUUUUUUAUUUUACUUUUCUACAAAAACAAAAGUUGAAUCACAAAAGAAAAAAAAAAAAAAAAACUAAACAAAGACCCUGUCUUUCUUCAGUACUGUUCCCUCUGCACACUAUAAAUCUAGUAAAAAAAUCUUAAAUUCCCUCUUAUCUUUUUCUCUCUCUAUUUCUUCUUGGAGGAAUAUCCAGAGAGCUAUAUAGCUAGGUAGCUCGUUAAGCUUAACUUUUUACCUUUUUGCACCCCUCUCUUCUCGAAAAGAAAGAAAGAGAAAAAAAAAUAGUUUUAUCUCAUUGCAAAAGCUUGCCCCAUAAUUCACGCCCUCCCACACGCCAAGCUGAAAAAGUUCCAUCAGAAGUUUCCCAAGCUUUCUUUCUCCUUUAUUAAUCCAUAUAUAUAGAAGUUAUAACACCCCUUUUCAUAUCUUCUUCAGUUUUGUGUAGUUUGGUAAUUAUUCUUUUCCCUGAAAAUGGAGACAACUCAUCAUCAUGAUUAUAUUAGAAAGAGCGGGCAAAUACCAACAUUUGGAGACUGGGAUUACGCGAACGACUUGCCAAUAACUCAGUACUUUGAGUGUGCUAGACAAGCCGGUCUAAUUAGGUACAGUUCUUCUUCUGGUGAUAGUGAUCCAGUACACUCUCGUACACCACAUGACUUGUACGCCCUCGUUGACCAUUAUCCCCAGAAGCCCAGUUCUCGCACAGCCACUGCUACUCAAACUCAAACUCACCAACCUCGAAAGGGAAGAGGAACUAGAGAUAAGCGAUACCCACAUGUUAAGGAGCAGAAAAAGCAGCAGCAAUCUAAGGUGUGUGACGUGACUGAUCAGCCACGAAAGCCAUCUUCAAAGCCUCACAAAGCUGCCGACCAUGGCCACCUAAACGACGCCGUUCCACGCCGUCCAGCUAAGCUUCCAAAACCAGUUGAUGAAGAUCUAUACAAGAUCCCUCCUGAACUCCUUCACUCGUCUAAGAGGAAGAGGAGGCUUGGAAUAUUUUCAAGAUGCUUGGUACCUGCUUGCCAUUCAUGAAUUCAAAUUACAUAUAAGAGUUGGGAUUUGACUUGAUGAUUAGUAAGAAUGUAGGAAAAUGUUUUAGUGCUCAUCUUUGCCAACUUUUGUACCCAUUAGGGAUUAAGUAUAGGAAAUUAAUUAGAUGUUAAUGACAUUUUGAAAUUUUCUUUUUAUGCCUAUCUGUUUAAAGAAGGGUGUCUGUAAUUAAAUGUUUUAUUAUAUUAUGAGUUCAUGUCUUAUAACAUUAAUUAAUAGGUUUUGAACUUUUGAUAUUAUCA